CUUUAGAGCCGCUGCGAGCCGUAUCGAUAUAGCUCACGCGAAGGCUAAGACAAGGGCCCGGCCGGCGAGUCCUUCAGACACACAUGUCCAGUUAAAUAAUGCAUAGUCAACUAUCUGUUUGCGCUCGAUAGCCUUAGCUUUGAGUUCGAGUCAAGGCGCGAGCUUCAAGUGCCCCGCACCCACCCGCAGGGCUGCCGAAGCCGGCGGCCCUUUAAACGAUGUCUAAGAAGGAUGGAGAUGCAUUUGGCAGCGAGAUCGAGCGCAUGCUCAUGGAGCGGCCAAUGACGUCCAGCCGGCAGGGUCCGCCGCGCGAGCCACUGCCCAUGGCCAGCGGCCUGGUGACCAACACCCUGGACGACCUGAUGGCAGAGCUGGGCAUGCUACGCGGGGAGAGGGGAGAGGGGGACCGCGCACUGGGCCGUCAUGGGACCCGCACUGGCCCACGUGUGUCGGAUGGGGCGACCUUGUCCAGCCAUGACAUGCCCCAGACCCAGCGACCCAUGACGCCUCGGUCCUCUGCUGCCGCCGCCGCCUCGGCGGGUGGCGCGCUGGCCAGCAGCAUAAGCGUGGGCGGCGGCGGCGUGGUGCUGCCGCAGCUGGGCCCUGGCAAGGCCGCCAUGCAGCUGCCGGGGCUGUCCGGCAGUUCCGGCUCGGGCCAGGCACCCAACUCGCCAUCACUGGGCGCCAGUCCGGGUGGGCUGGGGCCCGUGCGCGCGCAGAGCCCCAUGAACAUGCGGCGCUCGGUGGCGGGCGCGCCGGGAGCGGGCGGUGGAAGCGGGUUGCUGGCGCCCAUGAGCAACAUGCCCACGAUGGGCGCGCCGCCAGGGAUGCUGGAGCGGCAGGCACAGCUGGAGAUGCGGCUGGAGAAGAUGGAGGCGCGGGAGAACCAGCUGAUGACGCUCGUCAGCCAGCUGCAGUCGCAGGUCUCCACCCUCAGCCGCGCGCAGCAGACGACACAGCAGCAGCUGGCAGCUGUGGCUGCCGCGCCGCCGCCGUCGCCACCAGCCAUCUCGGUGCCGCCCGCGCCUCUUGCCGCGCUGCAGCAGGCAGCAGCAGCAUCCGCUGCUGCGGGCAAAUCCAACAGCCGCACCAACAGUCCGGCGCCCGUGGCGCGUAUGGCUGCAGGUGAGGCCGCCACCGCCGCGGCACCGGCAGCUGCUGCGCCUCAGCCGCCUACGAAAGUGUCGGAUGAGGAAUUCAUCCAGGAUGACGACGAGCUCUCGGACGACGAGAAGGCAGGGCCUGCUAAACCUAAGAACGGCGCGGCCAAGCCUGCGCCGCAGAAGCCGGCGCCCCCCGCUGGGCCCGGCCCCACGCCGCCCGCUGGCGCGGCGCCGACUGCGGGCACGGGUGCCGCGGCGCGGCCGGCGGUUGGCAACAAGCUGGUACCUGGCGGCGGCGGUGCGGCGGAGUGGGAGUCAGACAUGUCGCAGCUCCGUAAGGAGCUCGCCAACCUGGCUGCAAACCUGGUGCGGUUGCGCGAGCAGGUGAGCACCAUCGUGCCAGGCGGGACGUCGGACAUCUCCGAGGCGAUUGCGGGCCAGGACCAGGCCGUGCAGCAGCUGAAGAACAACCUGACUCAGAUUGCCAUGGAUGUCGUGUCGCUGCACAAGGGCCUGUCGGCGCACAAGCAGUCCACUGCCCAGGCUCACGCGCAGCUGGAGAAGUCCAUCGUAGACCUGUCCGUACAGAGUCAGACCAACGUGCUGAACGCCAUGACCCAAUCCGCGCACGCGCCCGGCGUUGCGGCCCAGAUGGCCCCCAACGCAGUCGCGAACGCGCUUGCGGCCACCGGCGGCGUGUCAGGCUCGCUGGAGGAUUCGCUGCGCAGCGCCUUCGCCAAGCCCGCCAUGCGCGCCAUGCCCCAGUUCAACCUGGAGGCCGCCGGCUUCAUGCCCGACAACUCGGGCGCGGCGGCGGCGGCAGCAGCCUACGGCGGAGGGGGAGGCGGCAUGCAGCGGCAGCAGCAGAUGGGUGGAGGUGGGGGUGGCGGCGGCGGGCUGAACGGCGCCUGGGCGCUGCUUAACAGCUUUGAGGAGCAGGCGGCGCAGGAGAAGGCGGAACAGCAGAAGGCCGCUAUGAUUGCACACCAGGCAGUGGCCAUCGUGGACGCCAAGGUGAAGCAGGUGGUGCUGCACGUCGACCGCCACAUGCAGCUGGUCUCAAACGACGUGGAGGAGCGACUGCGCAUGUACGAGCAGACCAUCAUCAGGAUGGCCAAGCAGAUCGACACGGUGCAGCGGGUCAUGCGCGACCUGGAGGGCAGUGCCACCAAUCGCAUCGUGGUGCAGCGCGGUGGCAAGGACCUGGACGAGGAGCCCGCGCCGGCGCCGCAGCAGGCGCAGCAAGUGCCGACGCAGCCCCGGCUGACAUCUGAGGAGAUGGCGCUCAAGGAGCAGGAGGAGCGCAAGGACGCGGUGAAGGCCAACUGGCUGAAGGCUGCGGCCAUGGCCCAAGGCCGCUUCGUUAAGCAGGAGGAGGUCAAGAAGGAGGUCAAGACAGCCACGCACGGCUACUUUGGCGCCCCGCGUGCUGCGCAAUAAAUACUGCCUGUCCAGCUUCUUUAUGGUGUUGUAUUUGAUACUUACAUAUUUACGAUGGACACCGCAAGGCGCCACAGCCUUAACAACCUCAAGUUCUCGCGAACAGCCUUGCUCACUGCUGGCUACCCGGUUGAGGCGGACCUGGAGCCUCCAAUUGAAUCCUUCGAGUUUCAGCCGGGGCAGACGAAUACGCACCCCGCGCUAGUGGAAGGCUUGAGGUGCUUGGUUGUGCGGCGGUGCGGGUGGAUGAGCUGUCGCAUGUCAGUUAGAGGGCCGGGUAGUAUGGGCAUCGCGGUGCAUGGCGACAGGUGCAGGUGUCUGUCAAAUCACGGCGUCUAUUGCUCCCAAAUCAUGGCUAGUUAAGGUUGGUUGGCGACGUAGACGCAUGUACGGACGACGCGUGGAACACGGACGUAUUAGUCCUGGAGGUCGAGGGAGUGCUCAUCGUACCCCGAGGUCAUCCUGCAUCCUGUGCGGGCGCGCGGAGCCUGGUCCCUCCGCCUUCCUCCCUUUUCGAUGCAGGCCGCGCCACGAAAUCCAUGGAGGAGCUGUCCAUGUCAGCGGGUGCGAUUAACAUGCGCAAGCGCAGGUGAGCGCGCCACCGCUCUAACUGAAUCUGAAGUUGAGGCUAAGCGACUCGCCGCAAGAGACGGCCAGAGAGCGGACGCAUAAGAGCCGCCAGAAGAAGCGGGAGGAGGAGGAGAAGAAGGAGGAACAGUACUGUAGGUGGUACUGGGCGGUGGGUCCAGUGGGUACGCAAUCACCCGUAACGUAACGGGUCUUCGACCGACGUUGAUUGCGCAUGGGGAGCAUGGCCAGCCCAUAUACAGAUCUCCACCUGAAGGUUUGACGCGGGUUGGAUGGUUUUACGAGUGUGUGAUGCGCCGUGUCUUUUGGAGAGUGGGGGCCGGAAGUUCAUGCAAGACCCGCAAUUCCUGGUCACGUCGUGAAAGACAAAUCUUGUCCGCUUGUGGAGGGAGGGCUUGCUUAGCUGGCGCCACGGUGCGGCAGCGGUGCUGUUUGUUGUGCUGAGCGGAAGGACGCGGUGCGCGUGUCACUUUUAGCGGAAUGGCAAGA